UCCUCUUCCUGCCCCAGAUAAGCGACACAGACAACAACAAAGAGAGGGUUCAGAGAAAUAUGUGGCAUAGUCUCUCUGCUGGCAUGAAAUAUGCGCCUACCCUCCUUCGAGAGCUGCGUUGACAGAGCUGUGGAGGAAAUCUUGGUGGGAUUCUUUAACCUGAAGAUGUUCGGCAGUGGCACCAAGAGGUGGUUUGUGAGGACACAUAAGAGGCAGCAGAGGUCUGGCAGGAAGCCAUGCACCAGGAAGAGGAAGAGAUGGGCAGCUAAGAUCCUCAAAGAGCACCGGCAACAGAUCCUGGGCGAGCUGGACGUCAACACCGUGCUCCCCUACCUGGUGUAUAGUAAAGUUUUUUCACUGGUGGAGUACAAGGAGAUACUGGGACAGGAGACCAACAGGAGACGGUCGGAGGUUUUCCUGGACCACCUGUCCUCCAAGGGGCCUGCAGCCUUCUGCUCGUUCUGCAGUGUUUUGGAGGAGGUGUGUCCUCAUCUGCUCACCUCCUUUCUGUUGGAUGGAGAAGAUGGUGUCCCAGGACCAGGUAGGAAAUCGGGCCCUCCUGUGCCCCCAAACCGCCCAGGAGAGCAACCUGAGCGUUCCCCCAUGUACACCAACCCUGUGUUUGACUCCAGGAUUCACCCCAGCCCGACUGCGGGCUCCAUCACCGCAGACUCCUCUGCGAGCACGGUUCAGGGCAAGCCAUCACUCCGCCGCAUCAAGGGCCGCAUCCACAGGAGCAAAAGCCUGGACAGCAUCGACCUCCUCGACUCAAACAGUGCAGCGAUGGAGGAGACAGUCAUUUGGGAACAGCACACAGUAACGCUACACAGGGCACCAGGGUUUGGCUUUGGAAUAGCCAUAUCAGGAGGUCGGGAUAACCCUCAUUUUCAGAGCGGCGAGACCUCCAUUGUCAUUUCGGAUGUGCUGAAAGGUGGCCCGGCAGAAGGCCUGCUGCAGGAGAAUGACAGAGUGGUCAUGGUCAACGCCGUCUCCAUGGACAACGUGGAGCACGCGUACGCCGUCCAGCAACUUCGCAAGAGUGGGAAAAUUGCCAAAAUUACAAUCAGACGGAAGAGGAAGGUGCAUGUUCCCAUGGGCCGUCUGGGGGAGAGGGAAACGAUGUCGGAGCAUGACGAGGAGGAGGACAGCUACGAUGAGGAGAUAUACGAGACACGGAGCGGACGCAGCGGCGCUUACAGCGGAGUGGGCGGGGCGAUGGGCAGGCGCAGUGGCCGGAGCAGCGGGCGGAGAGACAGGGAACGUGAGCGCAGCGGCUCGCGAGAGAGAAGUCUCUCCCCACGCACCGAUCGCCGCUCACACAAUCUCCCCCCACGCCCCGCCAAGGUCACGCUUGUCAAGUCCCGUAAAAAUGAAGCAGAAUAUGGCCUGCGACUGGCCAGCCACAUAUUUGUCAAGGACAUCUCCCCCGAGAGCCUGGCGGCCAGGGAUGGCAACAUCCAGGAGGGGGACGUUGUACUGAAGAUUAACGGCACGGUGACGGAGAACCUCUCCUUAAUAGACGCCAAGAAGCUGAUAGAAAGGUCAAAGGGCAAACUAAAAAUGGUGGUUCAGAGGGACGACAGGGCCACGCUGCUGAACAUCCCCGACCUGGACGACAGCAUUCCUUCAGCCAACGCCUCUGACAGGGAUGACAUUUCCGAUAUCCAUUCUAUGGCAUCCGACCAUUCCAACCGAUCGCACGACAGGCGUCGCAGGAGCCGCUCCCGCUCUCCAGACAGGCGGUCCGAACCCUCAGACCACUCCAGACAUUCACCCCAACAAAUGAGCAAUGGCAGUCACAGAAGUCGUGACGAUGAACGGACCUCAAAAGCGGCUUCAACACCAGCUAAGCUAGCGGAGGAAGUCCCUCUGCCCAAACCGAAGGAUUCUGCGUUGACAAAAGACGAGAAGAAGCUUCCGCCUCUCCCAGAGCCCAAACCCGUGUACGCUCAGCCCGGACAGCCGGAUGUGGACUUGCCAGUCAGUCCCUCCGAUGCCCCAGUGCCAAGCGCUGCCCAUGAUGACAGUAUCCUAAGGCCAAGCAUGAAGCUGGUGAAGUUCAAGAAGGGGGAGAGCGUGGGUCUGCGGUUGGCUGGAGGGAACGAUGUGGGCAUCUUCGUGGCCGGGGUGCUGGAGGACAGCCCGGCUGCUAAGGAAGGCCUGGAGGAGGGCGACCAAAUUCUCAGGGUAAAUAAUGUUGAUUUUGCAAACAUAAUUCGAGAGGAGGCGGUGCUAUUCCUCCUGGACCUUCCUAAGGGUGAGGAGGUCACCAUUCUGGCCCAGAAGAAGAAAGACGUGUACCGGCGGAUCGUGGAGUCGGACGUUGGGGACUCCUUCUACAUCCGGACGCACUUUGAAUAUGAGAAAGAAUCCCCAUACGGGCUGAGUUUUAACAAGGGGGAGGUGUUUCGUGUCGUGGACACCCUCUACAACGGCAAGUUGGGCUCCUGGCUGGCCAUCCGCAUCGGCAAGAACCACCAGGAGGUGGAGAGAGGCAUCAUCCCCAACAAAAACAGGGCUGAACAGCUGUCCAGCGUCCAGUACACGCUGCCCAAGACGGCGGGCGGCGACCGGGCCGACUUCUGGAGGUUCCGUGGUCUUCGCAGUUCCAAGAGAAACCUGAGGAAGAGCAGAGAGGACCUUUCCUCCCAACCGGUCCAGACCAAGUUCCCAGCCUACGAGAGAGUUGUGCUGAGAGAGGCUGGUUUCCUCCGGCCGGUUGUGAUCUUUGGGCCCAUCGCUGAUGUCGCUCGAGAAAAACUCUCCCGGGAAGAGCCGGAUAUAUUUGAGCUCGCAAAGAGCGAGCCGAGAGACGCAGGAACAGACCAGCGCAGUUCAGGAAUAAUCCGUCUCCACACCAUCAAGCAGAUCAUCGACAGAGACAAACACGCUGUGCUGGACAUCACCCCGAACGCCGUAGACAGGCUCAACUAUGCUCAGUGGUACCCGAUUGUCGUCUUCCUGAAUCCCGAUAACAAACAGGGAGUGAAGAACAUGAGGACGAGACUUUGUCCGGAGUCCAGGAAGAGCGCCAGGAAGCUUUAUGAGCGAGCCAUUAAACUGAGGAAGAAUAAUCACCACCUGUUCACUACGACCAUCAACCUGAACAACAUGAAUGACGGCUGGUACGGAGCCCUGAAGGAAACGAUUCAGCAGCAGCAGAACCAGCUGGUGUGGGUGUCGGAGGGCAAGGCGGACGGCACCACGGAGGACGACUUGGACAUCCACGACGACCGCCUGUCCUACCUGUCGGCCCCGGGCAGCGAGUACUCCAUGUACAGCACGGACAGCCGCCACACCUCCGACUACGAGGACACGGACACGGAGGGAGGCGCCUACACGGACCAGGAGCUGGACGAAACCCUGAACGAUGAGGUGGGUCUGCCCACGGAGCCCGCCAUCACACGCUCUUCAGAGCCCGUGCGAGAAGACCCCUCGGUGAUCCAGGACACGCCCGGGUACUCUGGAUACCAGCACCCCGUGCAGCCCGACCCGGCUAGCCGGAUAGACCCGGCCGGGUUCAAGCUGGCCGCUCCGCAGCAGCAAGGCGAGGCUGCUUUGCCCUCGUGUUCUGGGAGCCCUGCUAGCGAGCAGCCGCCCCCUGUAGCCGCAGCUCCUCAGGCUGACUCCCUUAGCCCCACCCCUGAGCUUAAUCAGCCCCUACCACCACCUCCACCACCACCACAUGAACCCAACCCAUCUGGACUGCCCGGUCCAGAACCAAAGAUGUACAAGAAAGACCUGUACAACGUGGAGGACCCGGUGCGGAUCCACCACGGCCUGAAGCAGUCUCUGAGCUACACCCACCAGCCGCUGUAUCAGGACAAACAGCCAUACCGCGACUACGACCAUCCGCCUUACGGAUACGAUGGAGGCGGCUACACCGAACCAAAGCCUCACACCCCCGAGUCCCACCUGCACUACGACAACCGUGUGCCUCACUACAGCGAGCAGUGGCCGCCCUACGAGCAGCAGACCCCGUGCUCCCAGUCUCCGGGCUACCAGCCGGCCCACCAGGGCUACAGCCCCCGGUCCCCGUACGAGGACGGGCCGGGGCGGGACUACAGUCCCCCUCAGCCCCGGUACAACGAGGCCCCGCCGGUGGGUUAUGACGGCCGACCACGCCACGGGAAACCUGCACCCAUCCGCUAUGACGAGCCCCCUCCCCCGCCCCCAGCAGGCUACGACGCCCGUUCUCCUUACGAGGCAGAAUCCCACAGCUUCCCCAUCAACUCCCCCCGCUCACCGGAGCCCCCGAAGCAGUACUACGGCGACGCUGGUCUGAGGCCCACCUACAUGCCAGGACCUCCCAACCGGGCUUACAAGCCAGGGAUGCACGAGCCCGGGAUGAACUCGGAGGCCCCGGUCCCCCCUCCCAAACCAGAGCCCCUGCCCUCCCCGGCUGAGCCUGCCGUUACCCCAAGCUCCAAGUCCUUUCCUCCUCCCCCGCGGGAAGACCCGGACGAAGACCCGGCCAUGAAGCCGCAGUCGGUGCUCAACAGGGUCAAGAUGUUCGAGAACAAGCGGUCCGUCUCCAUGGACCGGGCCAAGGAGGGGCCGGAGUCGUCGGUGCUCAGGCCUGCAGAUGUUCCCAAGCCCGCGAGUGCACCUGGCCCGGUCCUCAAGGCCAACUCCCUCAGCAACCUGGAGCAGGAGAAGUCCACCUACAGGGUUCCUGAGCCACAGAAGCCUCACACCAAACCCUCGGAGGAUGUGGUCCGGUCCAACCACUACGACCCCGACGAGGACGAGGAGUACUACAGGAAGCAGCUGUCCUACUUCGAUCGCCGUAGCUUUGACAGCAAGGCCAUGGGCCAACCCGGCCCCGGCAUCAACCGCUUCCAUGAUCUGUCCAAACCAGCUCAGCUGUCCUACCCCUACAACAGGGUUGAGUCCCUGGAGAAGGUGAGUCCGGUGGAGAAGAGAUACGAACCUCUGCCCCAAAUCAGUCCUUCAACACAAUACGGCCCCCCACCGCCCGCCGUCCCCCCCAGUCAGCUGCCCAAACUGGGCCCCGGUGACGCCAACUCCGUACCGGAGCCGCUGAACUCCCCCAACCCUAAACCCGACGCGGCGGCGCUCCGACCAGCCAGCAGGGAUGAACCCACGCCGGGAGGCUAUCGCCUCCCCGAUAAGUCCCCGGUUAACGGCACCGAUGCCGGCCCGCCGAAGCUGCUGGGCGGGCCGGCUCCGACCGGCUACAACCGCUACGUCCCCAAGCCUUACACCAGUGCAGCUCGGCCCUUCGAGCGCAAGUUCGAGAGCCCCAAGUUCAACCACAACCUCCUGCCCAACGACACGCAGGUGAAGACGGAGCUCCUCAGUAAAGCCGGCGUGCUGAGCAACAGCAGCGGGAAGCCGCAGCUGUCGCCGCAGCCCCUGGACCACGACAGCGGCCUGGACACCUUCACGCGCACCGUGGACAACAGGCCCAAGUACCAGCACAACAACAUCAACGCCAUUCCCAAGGCCGUCCCUGUGAGUCCCAGCGCGCUGGACGAUGACGAGGAGGACGAAGGGCACACGGUGGUGGCCACGGCUCGGGGAGUCUUCAACUGCAACGGGGGGGUGCUGAGCUCCAUCGAGACGGGCGUCAGCAUCAUCAUCCCCCAGGGGGCCAUCCCCGAGAGCGUGGAGCAGGAGAUUUACUUCAAGGUGUGCCGCGACAACAGCAUCCUGCCCCCCCUCGACAAGGAGAAAGGAGAGACGCUGCUCAGUCCGCUGGUGAUGUGUGGCCCCCACGGACUCAAGUUCCUGAAGCCGGUGGAGCUGCGCUUACCUCACUGUGCGUCUAUGACCCCUGAUGGUUGGUCUUUUGCUCUAAAAUCCUCCGACUCCUCGUCGGGUGACCCUAAAACCUGGCAGAACAAAUCCCUCCCCGGAGACCCCAACUACCUGGUGGGGGCCAACUGCGUGUCCGUGCUCAUCGACCACUUCUGAAGAGGCGACAGCUGGCCUGUUACUGAGCGUGAUGAGCGGGGGCCCCGCCUGCGGGGGGGCCUGCCCCUGCCGCGCCGCACCACGCUCCACGAAGGAUGAACUGGCUCCUCCGGCGCUGUUUACCGCGCCCAAAAAUUAAAAAAGAAAGAAAAAGGCAUAGCGUGUCACACAGACGAGCAGGUGCAGGGGGAGUCGCAGAGGUCCAGCACCCCACCACGCUGUACUCUUGUUUGUGUCUUCAAUAUUCUUUUGUUUUCGGUGCUUUUUAAGGCUUGCAAAAAAAAAAAAUAAUGAUGAUGAUAAUAAUAAUAAUAAAAAAAUAGAAGACUAAAAUAAAAUAUCCAGAGAAGGAACUGAAGUUGGAUGCAUGACCAGAGCCACAGACUGGAUCAUCUAAUGUUGACAUUUUUAGCAAAUUUUAUAAAAAGGUUAGAGCAGUUGGGGA